GUCUCUCAGUCCGAUUGAUGCCCAGUUCUCCACUGGAUCAGAAGCUACUUUCUUCCUCCCCAAGCUUCAAGGCUUCGAUGCUUUAGAUUCUCCCAUAACCAUUGAUUCGCCGCACGAACGCAUAUCCGGCGAUGGCUCUCCCUCUCGGCAAGCUUACCCUCCUCGUCGGUGCAGGUAUUGUUGGGUCAGUUCUUGCAAAAGAAGGGCGCAUGUCGGAUGUCUCUAAUUUUUUCUCAGGUGCUUUCAAGAUUGCUUUAAAGCAACUUAAACAAGAUGAUUCAACCUCACCAACUGUCAAGCCUAAGAACGAUGCUUUGCUGGCUCAGGUUAAUAGCUUGAGACAGGAGUUGCAAAUCUUGGCAUCAAAUAGAUCAAUUACAAUUGUAACUGCAAGUGGAACAGGUAAAAGCAAAUAUGGUGUAGUGGUUAUUAUUGUCGUAGUAGGAUAUGGCUAUGCCUGGUGGAAGGGCUGGAAGCUUCCUGAUAUGAUGUUUGCAACAAGGCGUAGUUUAUCAGAUGCUUGCUCUUCAAUUGCUAAACAGCUUGAGAAUGUUUAUUCAUCAAUUGCAGCAACCAAGAGGCAUUUAUCUUCCAGAAUUGACCGUGUCGAUUGUAGUAUAGACGAGUUUGCAGAACUUACUUCUGCUACCAAGGAGGAGGUCUUUGAACUACGAGGCGGCAUGAAGAUGAUUGGUGGGGAUGUUGCAUCUGUUCAGAAAGCUGUCCAAAAUCUGGAGAGUAAAAUAAUUGAAAUAGAAGGGAAGCAGGAUAUCACAAACGAAGGACUAGGGAGACUGUGUCAUUAUGCCUGGAACUUGGAAAAUAGCAGAACAACAGAGCGGAUUCAGGCAUCACCAUCCAGUUCUUUCAGGCCAGCUCUUGAGUUACGACAAACUACUCCUCCAUUGAGGACCGAGUCUUUGCCUCCUACGGUUCCAUCCCUGGAACCACCGCCAUCUCCCUCAAAUCCCUCAAAUUCAAACAGAUCUCCUAAGCCACCCCUGCAGAAUGCUGCAGCCUCAGGCCUCAAGGAGCUUGAUGGAAUUUCAAAAGCGGCUGAGACAACAAACACUCCUGAGGUUUCAAAUGGGAUCGGAGGUUUGGAAGAGACGAGGAAUGGGUCUUCAGGUUCUGGCCUGUUCGGAAUAAGACUUGGCUAUCCUUCUUUUAUUACAAGAACACGCAGUGCAACACAAGCGUUCGCGUCCAAGUAAAACUGCAUCCACAAAAUCUUUUUUUACGUUCAUUUCUAUGCUACCUGCCUCAGGAGGAAGGACUUCUAAAGUUAAGGUUGCAGCUGGCCUUAGGCCCCUUCCCUCAUAUAAAACAUAAAAUAGUGUGUGCCCUUAGCCAAAUCCCAUGGAAGCAGUGGGCACUGAAUUUUGUAGAGCUGGUAUUGGGAUUACAAGGUCAAAAUUAGAAUCAUUCUUGGGAAUUUAGAACUUUGGGUUAAAAAAUGUCUAUAUAUAAGUAGUGGGAAAUGGAAGGGAAAAGGUAAAUAAAGAGGUUUUCCUUGUUCAUCAUCAUGUGAACUCUGAAUUUUGGAUAUUUAAGGUCAAAGAGUUUUUAUUAUUAUUAUUAUUAUUUUGUGU